GUUGAAAAAUAGUACAUUCCUUUCAUCCAGAUGAGGGUUAUUAGCUAGGUCUUAUGCAAUAUACGGUUUCUCUCUUGCUAGAAGGGCACGGUGGUCCUUCCUUUCAUGUAAAUAUUUGCUACAAUUAUAUAUGCUAUAGCCUCCCUUCCAGGGUGGGCGUUCGGUCGGUUCGAUUUGAAUCGAACCGAACAGACAUGUGCCGAGGUUCCGAGAGCAGUAUUAUGGCAACCAAUUUCGAACCGAAUUAUACUUCGGUUUGGUUCAUUCGAACGAAAUAUAAGUUGGUUCGGUUCGAUUUUCUGCCCAAAACCGAAAAGGGCUGCUGUUCGCUAGGAAGUGUGGCCAGUAGGGGGCUGCUGCUGUUGCAUUUUUUGCCUGCGCGGCAGGGGGCGGUGGAAGAGACGGAGGGAGAGGGAAAGUGCGACACCGGCGAGGCUGGAGUCGACCGUCGAAGUCGGGCUUCGAGGUUGGGGUCUCGGGGAGAUGCCGAGAUGGGGAUUGUUUCGCGUUCGUCGGUGGGAUCGCAGCAGGUAGUGCCGCAGUGGUUGUGGGUUGUGGCAGAGAGGGAGGGGCGGCUGUCGGCAGCUGUGCUUCUUGCCUUCUUUCUUUCCCUUUCGUUUUUUUUUGUCAAAGCUUCCUUUCCCUUCCGUUUGAUUCCCCAGAAAUUGCUAGGGUUGAGAACUCACGAUGGAAAAUCAACAAUAGAAUGGAGUUGGGUUGUUGGGAUUUGGGCCAAGGGAGUUGUUUUGUUGGGUGUGGGUGGGCUGGGCAUUGGGUCAGUGAGGAUUGGGCUAGGAGCAGAGAGGGUUGGGCUUGGGCACUAGAGUCUUGGGCUGGGUAGCUAAUUUAGAUUUGGGAAAUUCGGUCGGCAGUUCGAUUUUUCGGUUCGGUUCAAACGGACCUGGCUCCCGAAAUGUUGCAUAUUCCCCUCCGAAUUCCGAACCUAAUAAGGGUUAUUUCGGUUUCGAUCGGUUUUUGUUCGGUUCGGUAAAACUGAACCGCAUGCCCACCCCUACUCCCUUCCAGUCUUCCACAGGUUGUUUUUCAAGUAGUUAAAAUCAUGCUCUUACGUACCACAUCAUCUCAGCAAUCAUUCAAGAUCUUGGAACUUCGGCAUAACAUUUUCCCCUCUCGUGAACGGUGAAAACUUGUUCAGUCUCCAUCGUGGAACACAGACUUCGCCCAGUCUUUCCAUCCUCUUCGAAGCACUAGCUAGCCGAUGUUAUAAUUAAGCGAACUUGUAGACUACAUUUGAUAUGAGAUUUUCUGUAAGUUGGACAUAUAUGAUUUUAACUCUCUAUUAAUAUUUUUCUGUACUAGAAUUGAUUUUGUUGACAAGCGUUAAUUUGUCUAUUAAUAUUUUUCUGUACUACAGUUGAUUUUGUUGACACAUUAUGUGCCUCUGCAAUAAAAUCACACAUCAUUCAUUACAAGGUCUCAUGAUGGCUCCCAUGAGUUCGACUCGAAUCAAUCUGUUGCCAACCAGAGGUUCUUGUGACGUCCCCUUCUCCUAUACCCAAAAGGACACUCACGCGCGUCUCACCAACGGCAACCAAGUUACAGUUACUUACUAAAUGGAUGAUGGUGUCUACACUGGCAUCAAAUUCCUUCAACUUCAAGUACGAAACCAAGGACGAGAAGCUCGUCAUCUGAAUGAUCAACGACUAUCUCAACAAUAGGGGUGAAGGCUAGCUGGUCUCUAGACUCUAAACUAAACUAAAUAACGUCGC